GAGCCCUCAGUGUCAGUACAGACCGAAACUCGGACGGAGGUGUUGACAAGUGUGCAGCAUCCGUUUAAAAUUCACCCUAAAACCAACUGUGCUUCCCAUUUAGAAAACGAAGAGAGCAUUUCACGUGAUAAAAAAAAAGGAUUUGAAAAAAAACAACACAAGACGUGUUGUCUGUAUUUUGUCGUGUGUCGUUCGUUCCUUCUUCCUGCUUCCCUUUUGUUUGGCGCUGGUAACAGAUUGAAGGAAUAGGCAAAAAGUGAAUCGAGUAAAACGAAAGAUAAACGAUUUUAAAAUCGGCAGCUUCGUGUUUCUCAUUCGUCUUCACGUCUGUUGUGUCCAGUUGGACCGGGAUCGAGAGUCUAAUGCCCCCGGAGGAUGAGCCCGGCCAUCGAGGGGAUGCAGACAGACCAGCAGGGGUAUUUGGGCAAAGGAGUGCUGCUUGAACCCUUUGUACACCAAGUAGGGGGGCACUCGUGUGUUCUCCGUUUCGGGGAGCAGACGAUAUGCAAGCCCCUGAUCCCCCGAGAGCACCAGUUUUACAAGAGCCUGCCAGCGGCGAUGCGAAAGUUUACGCCGCAAUACAGAGGCGUGGUAUCUGUAAGUUUCGAGGAAGACGAGGAGGGGAAUUUGUGUCUUAUCGCCUAUCCUCUGCACGGCGAGCUCGGGGACCUGGAGAACGUGGACCCCUCGGCCGACCUGGAGCCCAAAAAUAAAAUGAAAUGGGUCAGUAAGAAGCUGCUGGAUAAUGAGGGAUACAGCAAAGACAGAUCAAGACAUUCUCGCAAGGAUAAAGACAAAAGUGUAAAACGCGAGGACGAGUUGGAACGGCUCAAGCAGGCCGAAGUCUUCUACUAUAGCCUGGAAAGGAGCAACGCUUCUGGCCCUCAGCUCAAACACAACCCAUGGAGCCUUAAGUGCCACCAGCAACACCUGCAGCGGAUGAAGGAGAACGCGAAACAUCGCAACCAAUACAAAUUCAUCCUGUUGGAGAACCUAACGUGGCGCUACUCGGUUCCAUGCGUGCUUGAUCUGAAAAUGGGCACCAGGCAGCACGGGGACGACGCCUCCGAGGAGAAAAAGGCCAUGCAGAUUCGCAAGUGUCAACAGAGUACAUCAGCCAGUAUAGGAGUACGGCUCUGUGGCAUGCAGGUCUACCAUUCGGACACGGGGCAGCUUAUGUUCAUGAAUAAGUAUCACGGCCGUAAACUGACCCUGUCUGGCUUUAAAGAGGCCAUCUUUCAGUUCUUCCACGACGGGGGGCGUCUCAGACAGGAGCUGCUGUCACCCGUCCUGCGCCGGCUGCGAGAAAUGCAGGCUGCCCUGGAAGCCUGCGAAAGCUACAGAUUUUUCUCCAGCUCGCUCUUGAUAAUCUACGACGGAGAUCCUCCGCGGCCCCGCCACUCUCCAGAGGAUGGGCUCUCAGAGGAGGAGGAUGAGGAGGAAGAAGAGGAUGAGGAGGAGGAGGAAGAAGAAGAAGACGGUGCUUUCGGUUUCCCUCACGGCGCAGGUGCAGCUAGCGUAAGCAGUUCUGCCGUGGUGCGACGCAUGACUAGGCCAGACAGUGGGCCGAUGGUGGACGUGCGCAUGAUUGACUUUGCCCACACCACGUGCCGCCAUUUUGGGGAGGACAGUGUUGUUCACGAGGGCCAGGAUAGUGGUUACAUCUUUGGCUUGGAGAACCUCAUAACCAUCAUUUCGCAACUAGAAGACCACAGCACAGAUUAAGUCUCCGUCCGAUACAUAAAACCUGCAUGGCGUUAAAAUGGGAAAAUGCAGUCCAUCUGUUCAUUUCUUGUUUUUUCUUUCCUGAGAUGUUAAUCAGGACAUAGUAAAAUUUCAAAGCUACACCUGUUCUGUUGUUUUUAUUGGUGUCUUACUGCUGAUUUUGUAUUUUAAGUUUGAGAAGCGAACGUUCACGCAAUUCAGUAGCUUCACUCACCACCCACCACACUGUACUGUUACAGAUGUUUGUUUUAUUUAUAAAAAAAAAAACAAGAAAAGAUGCAAUGCAAAAGACGUUUCCUAAAAAUGGAACUGGUUCCCGCACUCGAGAAAGUUCCUGAACUUUGAUGAUCUCCUGCUCCCGAGCGAUCCUUGUCGGAUGAGGAAAAAAGUGGGCGGAGAAAACUGUUAAGACUGUUCAGUGUCGCUCUACAACAAAGUUCCUUGCACCUUGUCCCAUUGUGAAGAGCCGACUGUAUAGCUAGUUGACAUACAGAGUCUAUAAUAAAGCUUUAUUUAUUUGUCAUAUUUCCUAAAUAAACUAAAAAAGCUAUGAAAAAGUGAAUGGAGACAUGAAGACUACAUUCCAUGUUAUUAAUGUUACAAUAAUGAUAUGAAAGAAUAUUAUUAUUUGACAUGUUCUGAUACCUCUGUCUUAUAUAUGUUGUACAUGGUAUGUUGGAGGAAAAAUAAAACUUUUGUUUGUGUUA